UGACUCGCUCUCCUCAGAGAAACAUCUCUCCAUCUGAAACAAUGGCUCCGACCUACAUGACUGACUACUCUAAACUUUCCAACAAGGAAAAGCAUAAAUUGAGAAAACCAGUGGUGGAGAAGAUGCGCAGAGAUCGCAUCAACAACUGCAUCGAGCAGCUCAAAUCCAUGCUGGAGAAGGAGUUCCACCAGCAGGAUCCAAACACCAAGCUGGAGAAAGCUGACAUCCUGGAGAUGACGGUGGUUUUUAUGAAACAGCAGCUGCAGCCCAAGACCUCGGCUCCACAGAAAGCCCACUUUGACGGCUAUUCCCAGUGCUGGAGGGAGACCAUGAGCUUCUUAUCUGGAAACUCCAAGGUGGACGCUGUACGUCAGCAUCUGAACCACUGCCAGGAAGGCCAGAGAUCAUCUAAAGGCCUCGUUCACGUGUCUCCAGCUUCCCAUCAGCCCAUCAAGGUGAAGCAGGAACCGUGUGCUCGCAGACCUCUCUGGAGACCCUGGUAGAUGAUGAAAGACUU